AGGCACAGCAAAUAAACGCGACUGUUUCACCGUAACGGUUCAACUGGAGUUCUGAAAGUGAAUUAAUUUCUGGUAGAAAAAAGCAGUGACCACAAAGCCACCACAGUCUUUCGUUUUGCAAUGGCCCACUAAGCUUGACAAACACAUGAAUUUUGUAAAAUAAAAAAUAAAAUAAAAACAAAUAAAACGCAAAAAUAAAAAGUAAGAUAAAAAUAAAUAAAAAGUCCCAAUUAUUGGUGCAAGUAAAAAGUGUAAUGUCCAGUUUGCCCUCAAGUGGUCCAUACUGAUGCUGAAAAGUAACACAUCAUAGCUGAUUGUUACUGAAAUUCCUGAAGCUGUCCUGUCGAUGUGCUACCUUUGUUUAUGCCAUCAGGUGAACAACGUGUGCCAUGUAUUAUUCUUGGGAAGGUUCAGCUAUUAAAUAUACCCCUGUCGCCACAUUCUUCCAUAAAUUCACAACCCAGCAUCUCUCCCAUCCAUGUAUCCAAUGGAGAUCAGUGAUACAAAAUCCUAACUGUAUUCGCUCUACUAGUCCACCUUUAACGUCCAACCGUAUUCCAGAUUACUGGUCCACAGAACUGCUACUGAAUAACAGCGUGUAGGUUCCUCGAAUGCUAGUAUAAAUGGAAUGCUUAAAUUUACUGUGGUGAGCACGGUGCCGAUUGGUUGACCUCCUACAGUGUGACUUAUCGAUCCGUUCCGCUGAGAUCAAUACGUCAAGCUUCAAAAAUCUGCUACUUUUUCCUGACAAAGAGGAACACAGAAUUUUGGACUCCGUCGCUUCGGGUAUAAGUCUGACAUGGCAUUUGACCCGGACUCACGGUAAUGUCUAUAGUACACAUGAUCUAUAUUCCAUUAGACACGGUAUCAAACAUUUCGGAAAUUAAUCCAGCUCUUAUUCAGAGUUUGAUCAGUUUGAAGCACUACAAAAUAGUGGUCUUCUAGAUUCCCUUUACGAGUCUUUGACAUCGAAACAACGUGCAAUGGCCCAUUACAAAAGCUUGAGUCCCAUAAUCAGGGGACGGGUUCGGGCCCUGAAACGGAUCCAGUGUGAGACACUAAAAUUGGAGGUCCAAUUCUACAAGGAAUUGUCCAAGCUGGAGCAGCGGUUCGCGGACCAACAUCAAAAGCUAUUCGCACAGAGAAAAGCCAUUGUCGCAGGUGACUACGAGCCAACGAGUGAGGAAACAAGUUGGUAUGGCAAUGAGGAGGAACAGGCUGAUGUGCAGAACUCGCUGACAAAGCUUGGGAACGAAGGAGACGCACCCGCUGAGUCAGGGGCCAGUAGUUUAGCCAAAACCAGCUGUAGAGGGAUACCUGGAUUCUGGCUUACAGUCCUGAAACAUGCACCUCUGAUAUGCGAUGCUAUUCAGCCAGCUGAUAUACCUGCACUGAAAUGUUUAAAGGACAUACGAUCGGUCGCGAUCGAAUCAAACGGGCAGCCAGGCUUCCAACUGGAGUUUGAGUUCGAACCAAAUGAGUAUUUCUCCGACACGGUUCUGACAAAACGCUAUUUCGUAAGCUACGAGUUGAAGGAGGAAGAUCCGUUAACAUAUGACGGUCCGGAGGUGGUCGCUUCUGAAGGAAAGUACUUUUCACUCCCACCCUCAGCGAACAGCCCAAAACGCACGAAUUCAACAACGGAACAAAAAGUACUGGAGGAUUUUGAUUGGGGUCAGUAUUUGAAAGAACGUGUGAUACCUCGCGCAGUCUCAUACUUUACCGGAGAAUCAUUGGAUCUUGAAAAUGAAGUUGACGAUCCUGACGACUUCGCGGAGGACGAUUAUGAUGAAGAAUCGGAAGAGGACUUGGACGAAGGAGGUGACCCGUAGUUGUGAUGAUAACUGAUGUGCAGCCAAAUACACGUAUACA